UAACAAAAUAUAUAAAAUCUAAAAUCUCUUUUGAAAGUACUUGUUGUACACUCCUUCCAAUUUCCUUGUCUGUUUUACUUCUCAUAUCAGUAACAGAAGACUUAUUUUCAGCAGUUAGAAGGAUUGAACAAAAGCGAAGACAAACUCAAGUUUUGUGGCUAUUGCAGCAAGAUGACAGACAACAAUGUGAAUGAAACAGCCAUUGCUGGGAGAGAUGCAGGUGAAAGUUCCGAUGCUACUAUUGAGAUUAAGAUAAAGACACUGGAUUCACAAAUUCACACUUUACGCGUUAACAGAGAUACGCCAGUUCCCGUUCUAAAAGAGCAAAUUGCAGCAUUAACUGGUGUGCCAUUAGAAAGGCAACGUCUGAUUUGUCGGGGAAAGGUCUUGAAGGAUGAUCAACUGUUAUCAGAUUAUCAUGUUGACAAUGGACAUACAUUACAUUUGGUGGUUCGACAACCUCUUCCACCAUCUUCAUCAUCAACAUCAGGGCCAAGUGGAGGUGAUGGAACUAAUGAGCAACAAGGAGCUGAUCCUACAGCAGGUACAGGUCGUAACAGGAAUGGGCAAGUUGCUCACAACGUAGUGUUUGGGACUUUCAAUCUUCAAGACCAAGGCGAAGGUGGUUUUCCAGAUCUUAAUAGGAUUCUUGCUACUGUGCUUAAUUCUAUUGGAAUUGGCAAUCUAUCUCCUGCCAAUGUUGGUACUGGUGCUGGGCCGACUAUGAUGGUGCAAGGAAAUGCUCCAGAUGGCGGAAAUCAAGCAGAUAGUGCUGCUCAAGUUUCUCAAACUGUAAGUCAGCAACCACCUACUCAGGCAGCUUCCAAUGUUCAGUCUGAAUCUGCGCCUCGUAGUUUGAACAUGCCAUCUGCACCCCAGUUACGUCUUACUUCCCAACAUAUGGUUAUUCCUGAUGCAUUGACAACAUUAUCCCAAUACUUAAACCGUAUGGUGCAGGCUUUUUCACACGAUGGAUAUGAGAGUCAACCUCAUUCUUUUACCCCAAAUACAGGAUCACAAGACCAGGCAGCUGCAUCAGGGAUGGCUUCAUUUUCCAGAGGGUUGCCAAGGCCUGCUGCCUUAGGCAGCCUUGUUCAACACACACAACAACUUCUUAGUGGUCCUGCUCGAAAUGCAUUUUCUCAUCUUGCAGGGCUGCUGGAAGGUGAGACCACAGUGACUGAUACAGCAAUUCGUGCCCAAAUUCAGUCUACUGCUUUACGUGAUGGAAUACUGAUGCAAGAAUUGGGUGCAUUGCUACUGGAGCUUGGUCGUGCUACUUUAACAUUGCGAAUGGGUCAAUCUCAUGAUGAAUCAGUAGUAAAUGCUGGGCCUGCUGUCUACAUAUCUUCAUCUGGGCCUAAUCCUAUCAUGGUUCAGCAGCCACUGCCUUUCCAGCAUGGUGGUAGUCUUGGGCCAUUUCAAACUGGAUUUGCUCACCCAACUGCUGGGUUUACUGGAGGAGUUGCGGGUGCAGGAGAGGUGCCAAGAAAUAUCAAUAUACAUAUACACUCAGUAGGUUCAGCGGUGGUUCCUGGAGGAGGUUUGGUAAGUGCUGCUGCAAAUUCUGAUCAGGGAAACCAAACAAAUGCUCCCCAAAGUUCCGGAGUGAUAGAUCAGGUGGGUAAUGGUAUAGCAGCUUCCAGGGAGACUGGGUCAGUCCGUGUAGUGCCUGUUAGGACUGUCGUUGCAGCUGUUCCUGUGCGCCCUCCUACUGAGGGAACUAAUGCAACAAAUAAUGUUUUUUAUCCACUUCUGACAACAAUUCAGCAGUUGAAUUCUACACAAAGUGUUCCAAUUAGAGGUUUGGCACAGGCAACAAUUGGGCUCCAAUCUAAUGGUACUGAUGGUGCUCAGCAACAGUCACUAGGAACAGUGAAUUUCGAUCAAGCACAGGCCAAUUCUAUUUUAGCCCAAAUUCAAGCACAAGCACAAAAUUUUCAAGGAGGCAUGCAAGCUCUGAAUUUCCAGGCUCAAAAUGUGGAGGGAGGUAUUCAAACACGGAAUUCCUUCUCUGUCCCUGCAAUGCCCUCAGCCGCUAACACUCCUGUUUCUGUACAACAUGACACUCAAAAUCAGAGUGCUGAUUGUGCAGCCACAAUGACAGAUCAAGAAAUAAUGAAUCAAGGAUUAUCUCAUGAGAAUUCAGCUACAGAUAUUGAUGGAGAAGAUACAUUACGAAAUGAUAACAUCAGCAAUAUUCCUGUUUCUGGCAGCAAUGAAAUGGCAUAUAUUGCAAAUGCUGUAUUGCAGCAGAUGAUGGGAACUUAUGGCAGAUCUGGAAGAGACAAUCAACAACAGUCCGAUCAACAACAGUCAACUGCCGGUGUAUCCUCUAGGAAUGAGUCGACUUCUACGACAAAUGAGCCAAAGUCACUUGUGAAGCAAUUUGAGGACAAGAAGGAUUUACGGCAAUCUGAAAAUACAAAUACAGAAAAGGGAUCAGGUUUGAGGUCCGCAGAUAUUGAUAUGCAGGAAUGUGAUUUGGCUUCUACAUCGGGAAAAGAAGUUGCUUCAACCAGCUGUACUAAUUCUCAAAGUAAAACACUGCAAUCAAAAUCUGAUGCCCACACAGCAGUACCUGCAGGAUUAGGUCUUGGGGGACUACAGCCUCUACCUUCUAAGAAGCGUGUUAAACAAACCCACAAAUUACCAGCAAAUAAUGAUGCAGCACCCUCAGGUGAUAAAGAGAGAGAGUUGUCUAUUGAAAGGGGACAAAAUGUUCAACAAGACCAUAUUCCCAACAGUGUCUCAAAUGAUCGCAGAGCACAUGAAAAUGGGUUACCAGGGCAACUGCCUGGUGGGCUUGCACAGAUGUUUGGAAGCAUGGCUCCAGGAGGACGCAGUGGUAGUGGAAGAGUGGACAUUGGGGAUAUCAUGUCUCAACUUCUCCGCACUCCAACUGUGAACAAUUUUUUAAGAGGAGUGGCAGAACAGACAGGUACAGUUGCUCCAGGGGAAUUAAGUAACAUAAUAGAACAGGUUACACAAAGCCCAGGUCUCAGAAAUACAAUGCAACAAAUGACAGAGCAACUUGGAGAACACAGUGAAGAAUUGGAAAAUGCUUUUUCGGGAAUGGUUGGAAGACAAGGUGGCUUUGAUUUCUCAAGAGUUAUGCAACAGAUGAUGCCUAUCAUGUCUCAAGUUCUUGGCGGUACUUCAGGCGGUACAUCUUUUGGACUUGGUUCUGAAGCACAAUCAAGAGCUUCAAAUUCAGAGGCUUCAACUGAAGAUGAUCAUGCAGCUAAUCAAAAUUCUCUGAUUAAUUUGGAACCGAUUGUCCAGAAACUUGAAAAUCAUGAUCCACCUCAAGAGGUGUUUAGAUCUAUGGUUGAAAAUGCUAUGGCACUCUACACUGCAAAUGAUGGAUCCCAUAAUGGAGGAAACACUUCUGAGGUUCUCCAUCAGUUAUCUAAUACUGAAGACCUUGCCAAUGAAUACCUUGCUAUGUUAAACAGAGAUCUCAUUGCACGUCUUCAAUCCGACUCCGGAUCAGCUUAGAAUUCUUGAUAUUCGGCCUUUGGUGGUGACAGCUAAAUCAUGAUAAUUGUUUAUCUUCAAUUGUUGGUGGUGAGUUGUGACAGAAGCUCGCUUAUUUGAUAUAGGGCCUAUCUCAUACAUUCCUGGUUUUCAAGAGAUUAUAAAUUAUUGAAGCGGCUGCAUGUUUGUUAGCUAGCAUUUUGAUUUUGUAUGUCACAUUUUGUAUAAAUGGGAAUGAUGAAGCUUAAAUUUGCUUGUAGCUUUCUAGCUGAAGAACUUGAAUCAUCAGGGAUGGGUUCAUUUUAAUAAACCUUUCUCCUUGAAGAUCCAAUUUCUCUGAUAUUUGCAGCAGGCAAGAACAAAUUAUAAUAUCUCGUAAUAUCCUGCAAUUGUCUUUAUAUUGUAAAAUUUGAGUUCUACAAGGAAAACAAAGAUUAAGAAAA